CUUUUGUUUUACGUCUUGAAGUAAUUCCUAUGUAAUUCGUAAUUCCAUAUGUCAAUUCUGUCAAAUAAAUUAUUCAACCAAGAGAAAAACUUUGGAAAUCGAUUCACAAAUACGAAUAAUAUAAACAAUGUCUUCUAAAACGAAAACUUCAGAACCACCAUGGAAAAAACGAUCGGUAUCGUUAAUGAAGAAGAAGUCAAAAAAGUCGGCCACAUCUAUUAGCGAUUCACGUUUGGAAGAAGCGUCCGAAAUAUUUUUUCCAAAGAAUAGAAGAGAAAUAUUUACGCAUUUUUUCAAUACUCUCACUUACGAUUUAAUUUUGAGUAGAGAAGUUGUAAUGAAGACCAUAGAUUACGGUGAAAGUAGCGAAACUUCGAUAUCUGAUUACAGAGAUUCAAAGGAAGGUUUAAAGGAAGAUAACUACCGUCAAGAGCGAUUGUCAGUUGUUUCUGUUCCAAGUGUUAGAAGAAAAGAAAUGCUAUUUCAAAGUGAAAUGUUGAGUACGAGAUCCAGUAUAGCUAGUGCCUAUUCCAUUAGAUAUUCUUUAAAACAUAAAGAAAGACAAAGUAUAGAUGCAACGAGCAUGAGCGCACAAACAUCAGGGUCGGUAAGAAUUGUUUUUGCCCCCGAAGUAUAUUGGUUGGAACGUAUAGUUUUUAAAAAUGGGAACGUAUAUGAAGGGCAAUGCAGCGACUACCUCAUGGACGAAAAAGGAACUUUCACAUGGACCGACAAAACGGUAUACCACGGUGAGUUCACCGAUGGCUAUAUCACUGGUAAAGGUGAAAUGAUCCUUCCUACUUUGAGCAAAUACAAGGGAGACUUUUGUCGAGGAAUUUUUCAUGGGUCUGGCAUCUUCAAUCCAACUGGAUUGUCACUGUACUAUUACGGCAGUUGGAAAAAUGGAAAAAAGCACGGUAAGGGUCUGUUAAUCUAUGAUGCAGACGACUGGUACGAAGGGGACUGGUAUAACGAUCUUAGACAUGGAAUCGGUUACAGGCGAUACAAAAACGGUGCUAAAUACAAAGGAGAAUGGGUAAAUAAUAAGAAGCAAGGAAAAGGAAAGAUGAUGUUUGAAAAUAACGAUUAUUAUAAUGGAGAAUGGUUUGAUGACAAGCCUCAUGGUUAUGGAGAGUACACUUGGGAUAUGUUGCCCAACGAAAUCUUUUCUUUUCCCUUGUAUAGUUGGUAUAAAGGUUCUUGGAAAAAUGGGGAACGAGAUGGAGUAGGUAUAUUGCACUUUGGCACAGAAUGCGGCGCUAAGUAUGCUGGAAUGUUUUUCCAAAAUAUCAAACACGGUCCUGGCGUAAUGAUAUGCGGCAAUGGGUUAAUAUUAGAAAGCAAUCCGUUAUUUCAAUACAAUAAACCUGUGCACAAGAAUUUCCAAAAAACGUACAUAGAUUGGUGCGAGGAAAAUCCCGACAAAGAUUUUAUGAACUGUACCGUAGAGAAAGGAUCGUAUUAUGAUAUUUUGAAAAUGGUUGACUCCAAGAUAGCCUAUAACCAACUAAACGAGAGCACUUUGGUUAAUAUAAUUAAGAAUAGCGAAGACAUACCUGCUCAGAUGUACGUAAAAUUGGCCGAUUCCAUUUCGGGCAGCAAAAAAAUAUGGUGCCCAUUGGAUAUUCCCAUCCAUUCAGAACCCGAAAAUGUCGAUUUCAGCUACUUCAUCGACAAAAUUUUCGAAUACGGUUUUAGAAAUGCUCGAGCUAAUGAUUUUUUGACUCGCAUGGCCGAGGCGACAGAAGAAGGUAUUAAGUUUAGAAGAUCGAUUAUGAGCGUUAAAUUCAGUCCCUCCAUGAUACCAGCCAAUACAAGAUAUUCUACGGCGACCAUAACUCGUCCAAGAUCUCAUUCAUUUUACCAAACAACACAUGAGGCAACAGAUAUAGAUGCCUCUAUAGAGGAAAGAUUAGAAAAGGCGAAGAUACACGAAUUUGAGCUGUGCAAAAAUGUCAUACUUAUUAAUCGACCUAAGUUAAAUUCUAUUUAUUACAAGUAUGCAUCACUCGCUCAAGAAAAAUAUGAUGAUAAGGAAACAAACAAUGAAAAUCUUAUCAUGGUACGUCUAUUCUUGUGGCAGCUUUUCAGAGAUGGGCACGUUCAAGAUGGAGUCGAACUAGCUCAAGUAGAUUCGUUUCUAUGGAAGAAUCCGUACAGUUGUUUGGGCACGGAACAUUAUCCAUUUGAACCGAUUUAUUUCUACCAAUUUCUUCUCUACCUCAUGGGUUGCUCUUGGCUGAUCUACUUAAAGAAACUUCAAAAUAAACAGAUUGAGAAAUUGGUGUUUCCGUCUCAGAUGCUUAGGCUGUUUUUGGAUGACUUUUUCGCCAAAUUGGGAUCUUUUACUGGUAGUGCCCUCCGUGAAAACUUAAACAUAGCUCCGAUUACAAAGAUGUAUAAACUAUAUGCCAGUAUCAGUGAACCGAUGUCUGUAAAUACGUUCUUUGCAGCUACAUAUAGGGACGCAAAAGACCGUCUUCCUUGUUAUGCUGCCAUAAGUUCUGGUAUUAUACCACCGCUAUUGGAUGGAAAAAAUAUUGUACCGAUGGGGCACGAAAUUUAUUAUGUAAAGGUUCCAGAACCGAUAUCGGAAAGGAUGAAACCCGAACCGGCAAUAACAAACGCCGAUCAAUUUUCCAGAUCCCUCUUGACUUUCAGAACAUUGGGUAAGGCGAAAAUAACCGAAUGCCUGACGACCGUAUGCCCCAAAGUGGCCAUCAACGACAAAAAGCUGGAUAUGAACUAUAACCUGACUUUCCUGGAAUUUUACGAGAUCGUCAUCAUGCUGUCGUUCGCCAAGGCGGAAGAAAUGGUGAUCGGCUACGAGGAACACAAGUACAACGAAGAAAUGUUGACGCCUACACUGUCAUGCGUGGUAAGUCCAUCGAAAAUGAAAGAUAAAUUGGCGAAGAAGAAGAAAAUCAAAAAGUCUGCUAUUGGAAUCGUGGCAUCGUCAGCGGUAACUGGCCGCCAUAAGGCCGUGAAAUCAACGUAGAAAAUGGACCAUAAAUAAUGAGAAAUAUAAUUAAUCCUAAUUAGUUUUAUCUUUGAAUGCUAAAUCUCUGAUUAAAUCUCUGAGUGUUUGGACCAAUGCGAGGCAGGCGGUGUGCAAGAUAAGCUAUAAUACAAUGUCGCUGUGGUUAAAGAUAAAAUAUGUAAUUUUUUAUUUUGUGAAAAAUUAAGAAGAGAAAACCUGUAAUUUAUGUUACGGUUUACUAUGUAUAACUAGUUAUAAUUAUAUAUUUUGAAAUAAACUAUUUAAAAAAUA